UGAAAUCCAUGUGAUCACCGCCCAAGAUAAAAAUUUGGUUGAAAUUAAAAAUGGUGAGACUUGGGAGAGUUGGGACAGUCCAGGGUGGGAGGGUUGGGCAAUGGCCCAACUCUCCCCGCAUGGUGUCCCAACUCUCCCAUUAUUUACAUUUGAUGAAUAAUCCUUUCUCUAAAGCUUAUUAAUUUGACUACAUGCUGUUAAGGAUUAUUAUUAACAGAUAGUGUGUGGGAGAAUUAUUGUGGGCCUAGAUCAAAGUACUGCAUAUUAUACUGAAAUGUUUCUUCAAGUUUGCUUUAGUGAUGUCAGUAUUUUUUUUCAGAUGCCACGAAAAUAUAAAAGAAUAUCCAAUAGAGGGGCACCAGAGGACGUUCUACAUAGAGCAAGUGAACAAGUAAAGGGAGGAAGUAGCAUCCGUGCAGCUGCUAAUGACUUUAAUAUUGCAAGAAUGACCCUCACGAGAUACAUGGAUAAGUGUAAUGCACAAACUGGACAGCAUGAUGAACGAAAUGAAGCUUUUGGCUAUGAAAAAUGUCGACUGACAAACAUGAUUUUUUCUGCAGUGAUGGAAGAUGACUUGGCGACACAUAUCAAGACUUUAGCGGAACAAUUUCACGGACUUAGUAGGAAUAAAUGUCGCUCACUGAUUUUUGAAUAUGCUAUGAGAAACAAUGUGACGGUGCCUAAUUCGUGGAAAGAAAAUGGAAUGACUGGUGAACACUUUUGGAUAUCAUUUAAAGAAAGAAAUCAUCUUGCAAUCCGAACACCAGAGGCAACAUCUCUCGCCAGGGCAAGUGCCUUCAAUCGUUAUAACGUUGGCAAAUUUUAUGAUAACCUCGGACAAGUUAUGGACCUGCACAAAUUUGAAUGUCAUGAUAUCUACAACUGCGACGAGACGGGGUGUACUACAGUUUCGCCGCCUGAAAACAUUGUGGCUAAACAAGGAGUUAAACAAGUGGGGUCAAUCACCUCUGCAGAAAAGGGGCAACUUGUCACCGCCGUGUACACCAUUAACGCGGCAGGUAGCGUCGUUCCACCAAUGCUUAUUUUCCCACGGAAAAACGUCCGAGAUUAUUUCACCAAAAAUGGUCCCCCCGGGUGUAUUGGAGGUGCAAAUCCAAGUGGAUGGAUCAACGAAGAGCUAUUCUUGGGUUAUCUGAAACAUUUCAUACGCCAUACAAGAUGCAGCAAGGAGAAGAAAGUUUUGCUGAUCUUAGAUAAUCACGAGACUCAUAUCUCUCUUGCAGUCAUCGACUUGGCUAAAGAAAAUGGUGUAAUAUUAUUAACAAUACCACCACACACUAGUCACAAGUUACAACCUCUGGAUGUGAGCUGUUUUAAACCUUUCAAGACGGCAUAUGCUCGAGCUGUUGAAAAUUGGAUGCGUUCAAAUCCAGGAAAAACAAUUACGAUCUAUGAAAUCCAUGAAUUCACUUCUCAUGCUCAGUUGCAUGGUCUUACUGCCAAAAACAUUAUUUCUGCGUUUCAAAGUACAGGAAUUUACCCCUACAACCGGGAUGUGUUCAGUGAAACCGACUUUGCGCCAGCCACAGUAACUAAUAGAGAUCUUCCAGAGGAAUUAGAGGGAAAUGUUGAACUGCUAGUUCCUUCUGAACAAACCACUGAAACCCCCAAGGCAGGUUCAAGUACUACAGAACCACCAGCUGUCCAGCCAGGUCCACGUACUACAGAACCACUAGUUGUCCAGCCAGGUCCAACUACUACAGAACCACCAGCUGUCCAGCCAGGUUCAAGUACUACAGAACCACCAGCUGUCCAGCCAGGUUCAAGUACUACAGAACCACCAGCUGUCCAGCCAGGUCCACGUACUACAGAACCACCAGCUGUCCAGCCAGGUCCACGUACUACAGAACCACCAGCUGUCCAGCCAGGUCCAAGUACUACAGAACCACCAGCUGUCCAGCCAGGUCCACAUACUACAGAACCACCAGCUGCCCAGCCAGGUCCACGUACUACAGAACCACUAGUUGUCCAGCCAGGUCCACGUACUACAGAACCACCAGCUGUCCAGCCAGGUCCAAGUACUACAGAACCACCAGCUGUCCAGCCAGGUCCACAUACUACAGAACCACCAGCUGCCCAGCCAGGUCCACGUACUACAGAACCACUAGUUGUCCAGCCAGGUCCAAGUACUACAGAACCACCAGCUGCCAAACCAGGUCCAAGUUCCCUAGGAACACCAGCUUCCCAACCAGGGCCAAGUAACACUUAUGUAUCACCUGCUGAUAUUGUUCCACUGCCAAAAGCUGGGCCACGAAAAGUCACCAACAGAGGUCGCAAAAGAGGGGAUACAAAAAUUUUAACCAAUACCCCAGUACGCAAUAGUAUAGCUGAGGCACUAGCUGCCAGUCAAACUAACAAACGGAAGGCCAAACAACCAGUCAAACCCAAAGCAAGAAAGAAGUUGUUUAAAAGUAAAGCAAAAAAAAUGCCAAACUCCAUCAACUUCAUCAGAGGAAAGUGGUUCUGAUGAUGUGAAAUUCACAGAAAGUGGUGAUAGCGAUGUUGAUGACCUAGAUUGUGAAAUUAUUGAAGGUGAUUUUGCAGUUGUAAAAUUUGAGUCUGCCAAAUCACGUAUUGUGCAUUAUAUAGCACGGAUUGAUGUCAUUGAUGGGGAUGAGUGUGAAGGGGUUUUCCUUAAACGAGAAUUCAGUCGUCAGCAGACGACACCUACAUUUUGCAUCAACAACAAUGAUAAUGCAUCAUUUCCUAAGAAUGACAUCAUCAAGAAGCUUCCUGCGCCUAAACAGCUUGGUGGCACAGCUCGUCGAGCAGGAAAAUUUUCAUUUCCUUGUGACUUCACACUAUGGGAUUUCCACUCAUCCCUUUAUUAAAACAUCAAUAAACCUACCACCACUUUCUGUGAAUUUCACAUCAUCAGUAUUAUUUUUCUCCGAUUGUUACACUGAAAGUACUUUUCUGACCAAGCUAUCAGUGACAUCAUUAAAACAUUAUUGAACUUGAAUAUUUUACCGAUUUAAGUUGAUUCGUCCUAGUGGAGUGCUACUGGACCAAUUGUACCUACUCGUAGUCAUGGGAUUGACUAUGAUUCUCAAUAUUGUUUUUAAGCUUCUGUUUGGGAUCUGAACGAUACUUUUCUAGUUACAUGCUGUUUAAAGGGUCAUUUUAUAAGUUUGGAAAUAAAUUGAGACCAUUUUCCUUCACUGGAUAGUUGUUUUAUUCUGUACAUUUUCUGUCCCAAGUCUCCCUUUUGUGGCCCAACUCUCCUUGAACAUGGCCCAACUCUCACCACCCCCAGGGAGAGUUGGGCCAAAAUGACACCUUUUGAAAAUCACCUUCACCUUCUACAGGUUGGCCUGCAUACGGAACCAGCUAGUACAUAUAUGUAUUUUAAUAUCUGUACAUGUCAUAAUCACAUUAAGCAAUUAUCGGCCAUGAAUAGGAAGAUUGCAAUAUGUUAAAAUGUGAAAAGUGGCCCAACUCUCCCAAGCUUCCCC